AUGGACCAGUCAUUAUCGCUUCAGCCAUCUGGCGACCUACAUCUCUCGAGCUAUGAGGAUACACAGCAUAGUACCUUGCCAUUCGGCCAAAACGGACAUUUCGUACCGCAUUCAGUGACCUCCAAUAUUGAAUCACUGCUGCCAAUCUCGUCUGAUCCCCAGACUGAAUCAUCUAUCUCACAAAUAACUCAAAUGCAUGGCCAAUUGCCUAUAUCUGAUUCUGGCGACGUGUUCAUCGAGAAUCGUUCUUGCGAAAAUCAGAAGAAAAAAAUUCCCUCUCGAUCCCAACCCCAGAAACCGCAGAAACGCCAGCGCCAUGAACCAAAGCCGGCCUCAUCGUUAGCCAAAAAACGUGGAAGGCCACGAGAUGCUGAACCCCCAUUGAGUGGAGUCCCAGAAGAUCGCCGUCGUAUACAGACUCGCCUAGCGCAAAGGGCGUUUCGCUCUCGCCAGCGGGAGGCUGUCACAGGCCUCAAUAACCGUAUCUCUCAACUGGAGACCAUCUUGGAUCAAAUGAGCCUUACCGUUCUGUCAUUCAGUGACCAGCUAGUUCAAUCUGGGGUACUGGCGUCAUACUCUGGCUUAACUGCACAUCUGCAUGAUACGAUAAAGACCUUUCAUUCUUUGGCAUCCGAAGCAAACCCCGACCGCGAGACACAGGUUUCUGAUGCUCCCUCACAUAGUGAAGACUUGCCCCAAUCUUCAUUACCUGGCCCAAUACCGAUCCCGUUAUCUAAUACACUCCCGCCUUCGUCCCUGGAUCGCAGCGGAUCUGAUCAUCCCACCAGUGACAGCUUCCCACAUACCCUCGAACCACCAGGGAUUUCAGUCAUAGAAUUGCCUGAAUUCAUCGAAAGACUGAAUUUGGCAUGUCUCUACCAAGGAAAUCUGGCUUUAUGCGACCAGUCCAUCGGUUUACACCAUCUUCACAAGCCAUUCGGGUUCCUUCUCAGUAUGAUGGAUCGGGAGCGUCUCACAGCUUACUUCAAAGCGAGGUUAGAUUCCCAAGUAAGCCAGAAGCCGUUAGAUGGGUGGGAGGAAAUCCCCUUCUUCGUAUUGGGUGGCGCAGGAACCCACUAUCCCCGGGUAGGCCACUCUUGCCGCGGUUAUCACGAAUGGGAUAUGAUCAAGGAUCCGUUGCCGCUUGUCUCGCCAGAUAUCCAAGAGCAGUUAAAAGGGGAUUGGUUUGACUUGCAAGACCUGGAGGGAUUCCUCCGGGAGGAAGACGUGAAUCUGACUUUGUGUUCCGAUGAGUCAAAUCAGGGCUCGCCGACGAAGACCACUAUCAAUAUUGCGCGACUGAUGCCAGCACUAAUAAGCAGGGGAGUCUGCUUAGGUCGCACGCCUGGAUUUCAACGCGGUGAUGUGGAGAAGGCCUUGCAGCAUGCGAAGAUAUCAUGA